AAGUGCCUCGAAAAUUUCGCGCUAUACGGUAUCUGAUUAUGGUAGUCUUUUUUUAUUGUUCUUGGAUGGGAGGGGCUGCUAAUACAGACCCACCCCACAUUGUCUCCAGCUCCUAUUAAUUAAAGCAGACAAUGGCAAAGAGAAGCAACUUCAAGCUCUCCCCUAUUUCCACUUGGCUGGUGGUGGGAGCUGGUAUGGCCCUCACUGGGGUCCUGGCGUGCUGCCCUGAGGUGAUCCCCUACCCCAGUCUGGGGCCAGUAGGAACAUUUCUCCACUACAUUGCGUAUGAUCAUCCACUGCUCAUCAGGGGAACGUUCUUUGGUGCUGCCAUUAUACACUUUGUGGAAGGGAUUGUGGCGUUCGUCAUGUGUCGACGUAUGAAGCUGAGUACUAGAGACACUCUACUGUGGACACUGCAGACAGUUGGUGUGGGAUUUGGAUCACUGCUUCCUCUUAGAGCAUUGUACAAGAAAAACAAGACAAAGUCGCAAUAACUAUUUAUAUAUAAUUAUGACCAAGAGUUCUAAUGAACUCUUGAUAUGACUUACAGAUGUGUGCACGAAUAGUUAAUGAUGGAAUUUUAUCAUAACAAGACAAAAAAAAUUAGUAGUUGUUUAGUAAUUAUUGUCUAUAUACAUGACUUUUGGAAGAUUAAUGUUUUUAUUAUUAACAA